AAAAUGUUCUUUUCGCAAAAAAAAGUGAUGCAAGUUGGUAAUGGUUUAUGAGCAAAGACUAUUUCUUAUUUAAAGUAGUUGAUAUCAGUCACAACAAGUCUGCGCACAGGGCGAAUAUUUAAAUGAUUCCUUCUAAUCUCUGCUGAAACGGACAUGAUUUUACAAGCCUACAUCUUAUUUUGAAAUGCCUGCACCAGAAGUUGUGGGGUCGCUGUGUGUAACUUGACGCCGGUGAGGGGAGCAGCCGGAGAACCACGCAGCAGGAGUUUUAGUGAUCUGCAGUGUGGUAGGUUUAAAACCAGUUUGAACCUUCGUGGGACCAGAAUGGAGGUAUCAAGGAGAAGAGUUUUCCAAAAACAUCUGGAACCUGCGAGACCCCUGCGUCGCUGCUACACCAUUGACAUUGAGCCCAACAGAAAUGCUGCUACAUGUGCUCAGGCGCUGAUGGAGGAAGUGGAUCCACCGACAAACAUAGGCAUAGAGCAGUUCCUCAAGAUAGUCAACCUCCAAAAACCGAAAGAAGGCAGAAUAUCUUACACAAGAGACUUUUUAAUUGCGUUGGCGAGUUCUCCUCAUUCCAGGGAGAAACCAAAGUUCUUGCCAGAGCACCCCAUAGUCUUAACCGAGGCAAGAGAGCCCGGGAACCUGAGGCUUCAUGAAAUGAGAUGGGCCGGUGGAAAAGAGGAAAUGGCUGCAGAAAGGCGUCUCUCACCUUAAAGAAUUUGCGCAGGUGUUCCCCCAAAGAGUGUUUCUGUAUUUUCUUGUUGAACGUUAUUUAACUCUUUAUUUAACUUGUGACAUUUUGCAUUGCAUGUUUAUUAUUUAACUAUUUGAGAUGAAGUGUUAAUACUAAACCCCACUUUAUUUGCUUAAGUAUGAGAAUUGCAUUUUUGCUUACAUUUUCUGCUGUGCAUGACUAUAGCGAAGUAUUAACAUUGUGUACAAUUGUUCUAAAUAUAUUAAUGGAUGCUUUUCAAGAAACGAUGGGACGGGUCUGUCACUACAAUGGAGUCAUAUAAAAAAAAAAGUGAAGUGAUCAAAAUGAUGUUUUUCAUCAGCAUUGUGAUUUAACAUGUCUUACUAAACAUGUUAAUUUCUUCUUCUCUCAUAAAAGAUGGUUUGACCCAACA